AUUUUUAAACGCUGGUCGCUCUACCAAUCAGCUGACUUGGUUGUUUCUUGGAUUUACGUGCUUUCGCUUUAAGGUCAUACUGAGCACAUCUUAUUUUGUUGGCCCCGUAGUUUUUCACCGAAAAGGUUUUGCGCCAGGAUCAAGAGCAGGAGGAACUUAAAAGAUGGGAGCCCGACAGUCUCAAUCCCGCGAACCCCGGUCCGUUUCGAUGGAAAACCCAACUCCUGCCGGCGUUAUUGAUAUAUCCGACGAUGUGGUCAAGCGGCUGAAGGCGGGAAUAUCCCAGCAGGCUCGUGAGCACGCCGCCGCUGCGGAGGAUUCGAAGCCAGCGCCCAAGGUAUCACCUAAGGCUGCUGCCAAGACAGCCACAUCCUCGCCAGCUACUGCUCCUGCUCCCAAAGCGCCUUCAUACCCCUCUGCGGUGCCCAUUUACGUCCAGGGAGGCGGACACACCAUCAGUGCGGCCGACGUGCAGCGCCAGAUGAACCAGGAGCUGGUCAAGAACGACGAGCUGUGGAAGGAACGCAUGGCGAAGCUGGAGGAGAACCUCAAGAAGACCAACACCAUCCUGGAGAAGGAGUACGCCAACGCGGUGGACAACGUGCACAAGCGGUUCGUGAGCACCGCGUCGUCGCACAAAGUGCCUCCCUGCCAGGACCUGAAGUCCCAGCUGCUCGCCUGCUACCGCUCUCAUCCCGGAGAGACUCUGAAGUGCAUGGAGGAGGUGGCCCAGUUCCGGCAGUGCAUCGACCUGCAUCGUGUCCAGAAACUGGAUGCAGAACCCGAGGCUUCGAAAGCGGCAACCAAGGCCACCGUUCCUGCCAAGGCGGCCUAGAGAUUCUUGUCCUGAUUUGUUGAUCUUUUCUUUAAGGCCCCUUAUGGGCUUUGUAUAAACGUGGAGCGAACGAAAGUGUCAUUGCGAGCGAUAGUAAACUAAUUUAACUGAAUCAA